AUGUCACAUGUAGGCUUCAUACACGACGCCGUCAAGCUCAUCACUUGUCGCCCAGGCCUGCCAAGUGCAAAUCCGACCAUCUCAACGUGGCAGCAACCGCCGCAUCCAACAAUAUCCAACGCACAAUCCGAGACCUUGCCUCAAGAAUAUGACAUCGUCAUUAUCGGGUCUGGAAUCACCGGGAUUGCGGUGGCAUAUUGCCUCUUGAACCACCCAAAGGCUUCAGGUCUUCAGAUCACCAUGUUGGAAGCACGCAGGUCCGUUAGCGGCGCGACAGGACGAAACGGUGGCCACCUCGUCUCGGAUAGCGAUUCUCUGUUUCCAGCUCUUGUCAAGGCGGUCGGCCUUGAACUCGCCGUGGAGACUGUACGCUUCAGCGAGGCAAACAUUCGACGUCUGAGGGAGCUCGUGAACCAACUCGACCCAAAGGAUCGUCAAGCUACCGAGUUUCGCAAUGUGACGACAAGCACGGCUUUUGAAGACCAAGAAUCGUUUGACGAGGCUGUUGACGCUGUUCGUCAGUUUGUAAAGGCUUAUCCCAACGGUGACCUUAGGUACAAGGUAUCUAACCAAGAAGAUGCCACCAAGACUUUUGGCUAUCGGCAAGUUGCUGGCGUCAUUGAGCAACAUGGAGUCGCAGCUUUGUGGCCUUAUAGGCUGCUGACUACAAUUCUUGCGUCUUUGAAGAGAGAUUUCCCUGAUCGCUUUAAUCUUGAGACAUAUACUCCGGUUCAGUCGAUCAAUUACCACGAUCAUGCGUCCCAGACAUACCCCUACACUCUUCACACUCCACGGGGAUCCCUUGUGGCUAGGAAAAUCAUUCACUGUACGAACGGAUACUCCGCCCACCUGAUUCCCAACCUCGCUGGGGAGCUUUGCCCUCUGAGAGGCACGAUGUCUACUCAUAGUAUGGGACCUUCAUUUCCCAACCGUGGGGGGGAGGUAUCCUGGGCACAUGUCUCAAAAGGCUCUUACGACGCAGAGACGGGGCAUAUUCAUCUUGGUUUGUACUAUGCCCAGUAA